CAAAAAAUAUUUUAGAAAAUAUAUAUAUUUAUAUGUUUAGACACGUGUCAGUUGUUGCCGGGGCCAGGUGGAGAGACAACUCCGUUUGACACGGUGCUGAACAACCGCGCCGACCAUCCACACUCGUCUCCUCAUUACAACAAAACGACACUAACUAACCAACCUCUCUCCAUAAAUGCUCUUGUCGUAUUCCUUUGUUUCAUUAAAACGACACCGUCUAACAAAACCCAUUUAAAGUGGUCGUAUCGCAUAUUUAUUGAGCAAGAAAGGGGUAUUAUGGGAAAUUAACCUGGUUACAUUACGGUUCAGCUCUGAACGGAACCUUCUUUCUCUGUUCCCUUCUAUCUCUGCACCAGUUUUUUUUGUUCUACUUUGCCUUGUGGAAUGUAAUAAAUUUAUUAUUUAUAUUUUUGGGUAAUUUUGACUUUGAUUAAAAAAGAACAUACUUUUUCUCUCAAAUUUCAAGUGUAUGAUCUUUCUAUUUGAUCGCUGAGGCCGUGAUUUAAAAAAAAGUCUGCUUUUUAGAGUUGAGAUUCUGAGUGGUGUAAAAAAUUUGCUGGCCAUUGACUAUCUUGGAUUUCAUUUCACUUUAUUUGGUGAUUACAUGUUUACAAGCAAGUCCUUGCACAUUGUUAGGUUUUAUUUCCUUGAAUUGUUUUCUAGAGACUUGAUACAAUGCGUACACCAUCAUUACUUGCGCAAUGCUUGCCUGGCUUGGCUCCCAAUGACAAAGGAAGUCAGAGCUUGACAUCCUUUUCGGAGAGAGAUUUGUAUCUCCCCUCACCAGCCGUUGAGAUUCUCCCAUCAAAGAUGGCUCACCCAUACAAGUACGCUGGGGAGAAUGUAGACCUGCAGGGCCUUAAUGUGUUCAAGGGAAGAGUUAGUGUUGCUGAUAUCAUUGGAUUCAACAGUUCCGAAAUGAUAUCCUCAAAACCUGAUGGGUACCUAAAAUCCUGGGACAGCUCUAUUGAUCUUGUAAAUGUGCUUAAGCAUGAGAUUCGAGAUGGACAACUGAGUUUUAGAGGGAAAAGAGUACUUGAGCUAGGUUGCAGCUAUGGACUGCCAGGAAUUUUUACUUGCCUGAAGGGAGCUUCAACAGUUCAUUUUCAAGACCUCAGUGCAGAAACUAUAAGAUGCACUACAAUACCAAAUGUUCUUGCCAACCUUGAGCAAGCUCGAGACAAGCAAAGCCGACAACCAGAGAGCCCCCUUACUCCAUCAAGACAAACUCUAGCUCCUUCGGUGCACUUUUAUGCAGGUGACUGGGAAGAACUCCCUACUGUUCUGUCUGUUGUAAGGAGUGAGGGGUUUGAAGCACCAACUGGAAUGAGUCUGAGCUUUUCUGAGGAGGAUUUCAUGGAUGGAUGCAGUAGCCAAGAUGGAAGCAUCAUUGGACAAGAAUCUUCCUCUAGACGAUCGAGGAAGCUCUCAGGAAGCCGUGCAUGGGAAAGGGCUAAUGAGAGAGAUCAAGGGGAAGGUGGAUAUGAUAUUAUUUUGAUGACAGAUAUCCCGUACUCUUCAACUGCUUUGAAGAAGCUUUAUGUGGUCAUUAAAAAGUGUUUGAGGCCUCCCUAUGGAGUUGCAUACCUGGCCACAAAGAAGAACUAUGUCGGUUUCAACAGUGGAGCAAGACAUUUGAGAAGUCUGGUAGAUGAAGAAGGCAUUUUUGGAGCCCACUUAGUGAAGGAGAUGACUGAGAGAGAUGUCUGGAAAUUUUUUCUCAAGUAAGAGAGACAACAAGCUCAGUACAUACAAAAAGUUCUUGCCCAAAAAUACUUGGUAAUACCGGUUUUCAACAUUAUUUUGUGUUUGUAUUAUAUGGAUCACACUUUUUUUUCCCUUUUGGUUUUUCUUGUAUCGUUAGUAAUAUGGGGAUCGUAAAGAUUAGUCAUAAGCAUAUGAUUUUGUUUUUAUACCUUAAUGUAAUUUAGCAUUUUUCUUUUUUUUUUUAAAAAAAAAAAAACAAAAACAAAAUAUCGUUCUUAUACAUUUAAUUAUUUUUGAUGUACUGUAAAUCAAUACAGUGUAAUUGCAAAUUUGAAAUUAAUACUGCAGAUACUGAAAGUUUUACAA